CGCGAAAAAAGAUCCAGUCUUUUGCGUUCGAACCACUACUCGUACGAGUACCAGUCAACCAUCCUUCUCCCUCCUUCGAGAGAAUCGGAGCUCGAUCAUCUUUCUCGAAUAAGCCACAUUCUCUUCCAUCCCCUCCGCAUCUACUCAUCAUUACGAAGACCGUCAAGGCUGGCAUUCAUUGUCCAUGCCGCCUGCGCCCUUGCCAGCCCACCCACGUCCAUCCUGAGAAUCCGCGCAGAUUCUCUCCGGCGAAAACCUUGCGUCAGAAAUAAACAUUGACGUCGCAAAUAUCGUGGCCCGCGUUACUAGACCCUAUCCAGCCUUUUAGAGCCUACGAACAGUCUCUCGACCGUGAUAUCUCUUCGGGCAGCGCCACAAACGCCCUGCAAUACAUAGUAGCCGUCCCAUCGGCAGGAAAAUAACAUGCCGCCAUCAAAGCGCAAAGCACGUCGCAAACAGGCAGAUCUUCUCGGGUCGUCUGAACCUGACCUUCCAGAUUCUUCCCCGACACGUCCAUCUGCAAAGAAGCGCAAGGUAAACGGAGGUCGCGCCGCAGCCAGAAGAAAAUCCAUCUCUGCCGAACCUGAGGUCUCUCCUGCUCACGAUUCUGGCGAUGAAACCGAAGAGUUGUCCCAGACUGACUUGAUAGACUCCGUCGUCUCCUACCUACAAGUCUCCAAAGAACCGAUCGUGGCAGCUGCCGAGUACUCGAAUGACAAACCACAGAACAACAGCCCGCACAAGGUGUCGGCGUAUGCGAAGAUUGCUGGAAGGGAUUGGACUUAUUUCGUGCGGGAACAGUCUGUCAAUCUGGGAAGACCGCCCGAUGAACGGCCGACUGUGAAUGGUGCUUCAAGUCCUCCUAUCGCGGACUUGAAGGAUGUACUGCCAGUGCACAUUGACCUGGGUCCAAGCAAGAUCGUGUCCCGACACCAUGCCUCGGUCUAUUACGACGCAGACUAUCCCGUGGAGGAAGGGGGCUGGCAUGUCAGAGUCAACGGCAGAAAUGGCGUGCGAGUCAACAACGUCUUGGUCAAGAAGGGUUUGAGGAAGCAGAUCAAGUCCGGCGAUAUUCUGGAAAUCGCUGGCACACAGAUGAUGUUUGUUACUCCGGGCGACAGAGUACAAAUAGACCCGUACUUUGUCAAUCGAGCCAAAGCGCUGGCUGCGGGUGAGGACCUGCCUCCUCUGCAGGUUCCGAUUGAGCCCGCAAGGCACGACAUAUCGUAUGGGCCACCUCAAGCGUUCCCUUCCCUGGCUCCAGCGCCACCAGACUUCAAACGAGAGACCACUCCGCCGCCCAACGACGCUGGGAAGAAUCAGCGAGGAGUGUUCGACAGCAAGACCCCGGUGUCACCCAUGUAUGGCCGCGGUAUGAUGAUGCAGAGCAACCAGGAAAUCGACUACAGUCGGGAUAGUUCCAAGGAUCUGAAACCGCCCUUCAGCUAUGCGACCAUGAUUGCUCAAGCUAUUUUCUCGAGCGAAGAGGAAAAGCUGACCCUGAGCAAUAUCUAUUCAUUCAUUGCCGAGAAGUACGCCUUCUACCGCCAUUCCAACAGUGGUUGGCAGAACUCGAUUCGGCAUAAUCUGUCUCUCAACAAAGCGUUUCAAAAGGUCCCACGACGUACCGACGAACCAGGUAAAGGUAUGAAAUGGCAGAUUGCGCCAGAGUUUCGUCAAGAGUACUGGAAGAAGCAAGCCCGUCGUGGAGGCUCAGCACCUUCCUCUCCUGCAGCCGGCAAAGAUGUCAACCCCAAUUUCCGAGGUCCGAAUGGUCAAAACCUGGGAUACGAUACGAGCAUGGUCAGCCAAUUUUCCACCCGGGACGUGGGACAGCGUCCUGGCCCUCCACCACCCAAGAUGAAUCUACAAUUUCCUCCUUUCAGCCAAGGACCUCCAGGGCCAUUCCCACCAGGUCCGAGUCUAGCUCCGCCCGCAACACCUCAAGAAGCCAUCACGCCGCAAAGGCGGAGAACGGAUACGCAGAAUACCUUGCCUGACCUAGAGCUGGAAGAUUCACCGCUUCCCCAUCGUCCGGGACCGACUCCUCGCCUGGGAAAUGGUCUUCCUGCAUAUACCUUGCCAUCAUCUGUACCCCAACCGCAUCACUCACCAGCAAACCCGACUUUAUCUUCCUCGUACCUCGACACCCCGUUUCAUCCUUCGCAGCAUAGUAUUGUUACGCCCGCGCCAUUACGACAGAACCCUAGAUUGGCUCCUCCGAGUACCCUGGUCGCUCCCAGCAAGUUCAUGCCCGAAUCUUCUCCUGCCGGUCCAGGUUUGUUCUGGAAGGGCCUUAUGGCCGUCACUCCAGGCCAACCGUUGCCCGAUAUUUCACCCGUCAAGGACGACGAUCCCAGAUCAAAUGGCUUGAAUCGACAUGUAAUGAGCUCCAGUCCGCCACCAAUGGACGGCGGGAUGGGGAGUCCCAGUAAACCUGCUAGAAGCAGCCAAAUGCCGAAUAGCUCAAGCUCGAGUGGGAAGCACGAAACCACGCCUGGCCUAUUGCAGCGCGAGAACGGAGCGAGUGCUGAGAACGAGGCGAGGUUUGGCCGGAAUGCUGCAGGCGCGCCACCGAUCAGAUUCAAUUCGGAGCCAUCGGCGAACACGAUUGAAAACCACGACGAUGACGACGACGGCGAUGGCGGGUUCGACCUUGCCAAGGGCUUUGCCCCUAUUGCUGGUGGGAACUUUCCUUCUCAGCGGAGUAGUAGUGUGAGAGCUGGGUCUUGACUUUGAGUCCUAGCCGAUGGAAUCUUUAGGAUUUGCAGCUGUAAGAGCAAGGACGGUUGGACCAGUGACCGAUUUAUGAGCUCGAGUGUCAAAACAUGGUGUCGACGUUGGUAUGUUGUACGAUUACGAAAGCAACCUGCUUGUUUGAUGAGAGUCACAGUCAUGUCUUGACUGUUUGUGUUUACGGCGGCGUUUCCGAACAACAAAAGGGGACUUGCCUGUUGCUUUGUGCAUAAAAUGGGUGGUGAAGCAUUGCAUUGCGUGGUGCCGACGUGAGAUUGAUUUGCUUAUGGCUUUACGAAUGAGUUGUGCAUGGGCUAACCCACGACUGAUUAUGAUGAGGUGCAUUAUCAGCUACUGAGAGCUCGAAUAUGGUGAUUGCUAGGACUGUAAAAUAUUCCUUUCUCUUUGAAAUCUUGCUCGAGAUGUAAAUUUAAGAUCCGCAUGAGCUAGUGCUUUUGUCCGACCUUUGAU